GAAGCUCAACAAUGUGCCCAUUCUCAAUGAUGGGAGAACCCAGCAGAUCAGUGCAAAAGAUUCGAUAGGUCCAUGCGAAUCAACUACCAUUCCCGUGAUUGAUUCAGUCUUGAAUGCUACAACUGCAAGGGUGAAUACACUUUUCGCAAUGGGUAACCCCUUGACGAUUGUGAACUGUAGAGUAACAAAUAUUAACGAAAUUGGAAGCUUUGUAAUUAAGCUGGAUUUAGCCUUUGACGUGCAGGAAGCUGCAUCCAGCAUUGCCCCUGGAAUGAAUCUCUCAAGUGCUAUAAACUUGACUUGCACGAGCCAAGUCAUGAUUGAGAAUACCACCAUUGACAUAGUUUCUCUAGUUUGUAACUCAACUUCCACAAACUCAACUCCUGAACCAUCUGCAACGCCAACAUCGGAGCCAACAUCAACACCAGAAACAACACCAACGCCAACACCAGAAACAACACCAACGCCAACACCAGAGACAACACCAACACCAGAGACAACACCAACACCAGAAACAACACCAACACCAACACCAGAGACAACACCAACACCAGAAACAACACCUACACCAACGCCAGAACCAUCAUCAUCAGAAAGCAAUGAAUCAAUAGACAGCAAUGAAUCGUCAAAAAGCAAUGAAUCAUCGGAUAGCAAUGAAUCAUCAGAUAGCAAUGAAUCGUCGGAUAGCAAUGAAUCGUCGGAUAGCAAUGAAUCGUCGGAUAGCAAUGAAUCAUAAUCACAAAACAGUCAUUGAGAAGAAAGUAAAAAGCCUCGGGAUUUUUGUUUUAACUGAUAAAAAAAAUGCACAGGGCUGCAAUGAGUUGCAAUUUCUUGACAAACAAAAGUAAAGAUCAGCUGAUUCUCAGUGCAAAAAAUUAUGGAGAUUGCUUAUCCUUUCUUUCUGCUAAGAUUACAUUGCCAUUACCUUUUGUGCUGAUGUUGCAAAAUCUUAGCUCCCUGUAGAAAGGAAACAUUAGAGAGGGUUAAGCCAUGCAGCACCUCACUCCUACUCUUCCAUUCAACAACACAUAUUUUGUUCAACUUCAUUUUCCUGCCUGCUUCCCACAUCCUUUGAUUCCUUUAGUCUCUGAACAUGGGCGGCACGGUGGCACAGUGGUUAGCACUGCUGCCUCACAGCGCCUGUAGACCCGGGUUCAAUUCCCGACUCAGGCGACUGACUGUGUGGAGUUUGCACGUUCUCCCCGUGUCUGCGUGGGUUUCCUCCGGGUGCUCCGGUUUCCUCCCACAGUCAC